GUGCGCUGAUUGGUCGGGAGGCAGGGAGGUGUUGCUAUGGGGGAGAGAGGAGUUCGUGUCUUGUUCAGAUUCCGUCAUGGCGCUCGCUGUAGAAGCUUCAGAGCACCCUUUCCAAGAUUUAAUUGAAAUACUCAAAAGUGAAAAGAAUGAAGACAAGAAGUUUUUUAGUCCUCAGAAGCUUAAUGACCCCAGAUAUGAGUCCUUGCCUUUUUCAAUCCGUGUGCUGCUUGAAGCAGCCAUCCGGAAGUGUGAUGGUUUCUAUGUAAAGAAGGAGGAUGUCUUGAACAUUCUCAACUGGAAGCAACAGCAGAACAAUGCAGAAGUGCCCUUCUCUCCUGCUCGUAUUCUCCUUCAGGAUUUCACGGGUAUUCCAGCACUGGUAGAUUUUGCUGCCAUGAGAGAUGCAGUGAUGAGACUCGGAGGGGAUCCUUAUCAGGUUAACCCUCUGUGCCCAACUGAUCUCAUUGUAGACCAUUCAUUGCAAAUCGACUUCAGUAAAUGUGCAAUUCAGAAUGCCCCAAACCCUGGAGGAGGUGAGAAGCAGGGAUCAGCUGCCAAGUCUUCUCCUGCCAAAUCACAGCCACGCAGCUCCCAGUGUGGAGGACAGGGGGGCUGUAAAGGAUCAUGUAAUGAAGAGCCAAGCACAAAAACGCCAGGAAGGGCUGCUGUCCAGAUUGAAAACUCACCAGUACUCUGCCCUUUCCAUCUUCAGCCUGUGUCUGAGCCAGAAACAGCAUUAAAGAGCCAAGAUGCUGAAUUCAACAGGAAUAAAGAAAGGCUACAGUUUUUUAAGUGGUGCUCUAAAGUCUUUAAAAAUGUGACGGUGAUACCCCCUGAGACUGGGGUUGUGCACCAGGUGAAUCUAGAGUACUUGUCCCACAUUGUGCGUGAUGAUGGUGGCUUUUUGUACCCUGAUAGUGUGGUGGGUACAGACUCGCAUACCACUAUGAUUAACGGCCUUGGAAUAUUAGGAUGGGGGGUUGGAGGUAUUGAAUCAGAAGCUGUUAUGCUGGGCCAGCCUGUCUCUUUGACGUUGCCCCAGGUGGUUGGGUGCAAGCUUGUUGGAUCCAUAAGCACACUUGCCACAUCAAUAGAUAUUGUCUUGGGCAUUACUAAGCACCUUAGACAAGCAGGAAUUGCUGGUAAAUUUGUGGAGUUCUUUGGGCCAGGGGUUUCGCAGCUGUCUGCCGGAGACAGGACUACAAUUGCCAACAUGUGUCCUGAGUACAGUGCCACUGUGAGCUUUUUCCCAGUCGAUGAUGUUACACUUAAGCACCUAAAACAGACAAACUUUGAUGAAGAGAAACUUGAUAUAAUAGAAGCCUAUCUUAAAGCUGUGAAAUUGUUCAGACGUUACCAGAAUCCCUCAGAAGAUCCGGAAUAUUCACAGGUUAUAGAAAUAAAUCUAAGCUCAAUCAUUCCGCAUGUGAGCGGUCCUAAGAGACCCCAGGACAGGGUAGCAGUGACUGACACAAAGAAGGAUUUUCAGAAGUGCUUAAAGGAAAAGAUUGGUUUCAAGGGGUUUCACAUUCCUGCUGAAAAACAAAACGAAGUUAUUCCUUUUAUGCACAAAGGAACAGAGUAUAAACUUGCCCAUGGUUCUGUUGUAGUAGCUGCAGUGAUCAGCUGUACAAACAACUGCAAUCCAUCUGUCAUGCUUGCUGCAGGUCUAUUAGCUAAAAAGGCAGUGGAGGCAGGCCUGGGUGUUCAGCCUUACAUAAGGACAAGUCUGUCGCCUGGAAGUGGAAUGGUUACACACUACAUUAGUGCCAGUGGUGUUUUACCUUACCUCAGUCAGCUGGGGUUCGAGGUUAUUGGUUAUGGAUGUGAAACCUGCGUUGGAAAUACUGCUCCUCUUCCAGAGGCUGUUGUAGAUGCUAUUAAACAGGGUGAUUUAGUAGCAUGUGGAGUGCUGUCUGGCAACCGGAACUUUGAGGGGCGUCUGUGUGACUGUGUCCGUGCCAACUACCUCGCCUCGCCACCACUAGUGGUAGCUUAUGCCAUAGCUGGCACUGUUAGUAUAGACUUUGAAACUGAACCCUUAGGUGUAAAUUCAGAAGGCAGAGCAGUGUAUUUGCGUGAUAUCUGGCCCACCCGUGACGAGCUACAGCAGGCUGAAGAGCAGAAGGUUAUCCCGUCCAUGUUUAAACAACUGAAAGAUAGAAUAGAGAAAGAAAACAAACGAUGGAAUAGUCUUGAAGCUCCAGAAUCUGUUUUGUUCCCAUGGGACCCCAAAUCUACGUAUAUUCGGUGUCCUUCGUUUUUUCAUAAACUUACCAAAGAGCCUGUGUGCCCUCAGUCCAUCGAGAAUGCCCAUGUCUUGCUGUUUUUGGGAGAUGUGGUUACGACGGAUCACAUUUCACCCGCUGGAAGUAUUGCCCGGGUCAGUGCUGCUGCUAAAUACCUGAUAAGCAAACGACUCACACCUCGAGAAUUCAACUCGUACGGAGCUCGGAGGGGAAACGAUGCGGUGAUGACACGGGGUACAUUUGCCAGCAUCAAGUUGUACAACCGGUUUAUUGGAAAAACAGCACCGAAAACUGUGCACAUACCAUCAGGGCAAACCCUGGACGUGUAUGAGGCAGCAGACAGGUAUCAGAGGGAGGGGAUCCAGCUGAUUAUUCUGGCAGGAAAGCAGUACGGCUCUGGAAACUCUCGAGAUUGGGCUGCCAAAGGACCUUAUCUACUGGGUGUAAAGGCUGUGAUUGCAGAGAGCUUUGAAAAGAUGCACAAGAACCAUCUGGUUGGGAUUGGGAUUGCUCCUCUUCAGUUCCUUGCAGGAGAAAAUGCUGACACAUUGGGACUUUCUGGCAAGGAGAAGUACACUUUAACAAUCCCUGAAGACCUCUCACCACGACAUGAACUGACUGUAAAGACAAGCACAGGAAAGACAUUCAAGGUUCUUGCUCUUUUUGAAAAUGAAAUGGACAUUGCAUUUUUUAAGCAUGGAGGGAUCCUUAAGUAUGUAGCGCGCAACAUCUUGUUACAACAGUCGCUUUGAUGUUAAGUACCACAGCCUUGAACAGCAACAAGCAUGGUGUUGUCACUACUGAGUUAAUAGUGAAGUUAUGCAAAUCAUCGCGUGUUCUUCUAAAUGCGUUUUCUUCUUGCCCUUUGUGUAAAGAACUAUAGUGAGAAAUAUAAAUAACUGCCAUUGCUCAGCAGUCGAUUCUGGGUGCUGUGCUCACAGUAAAACCUGGAAUGGCUCAAACUGUUCUGCAAUGGGAGCUUUAUUUCCACUUCUGCUAGAUAAUCCUGACAAGCAUAACUAAGUCAUACUGUUGUGCUGGAAAGCAAAUGUAAGCACGUAUGACUGCCAUUAACACAACGGAAAGGAGGAACAUUGUCGUUGGCCAUUGAAAAAUGACCGUGCUCAUGUAUUUUUUUUCAGUAGUGUACUCUUUGAUUGGUCUUACAAUUUUGUAUGGAUGCUUUUUUGCACUUAACCAAUUUUGUUUGUUUCUAAAUGUACACUUGCCAUUGAAGACAAUUGACUAGCAUCUGUAUAAUUAACAGAAUGAGCUGAAUAGACUAAUUUCAAAAAGUGUGUCCAGUCAUCUGUAUUUGAGGGUGUAUAAAUUGAAUCUUUUGGUGCAUUCAAGUUUUUAAAGUCUUGCAAGUGACCUAAAUGGUAGGCAUAGAGCUGUAGUUUCAUGUUUAGAAUUGAUGGCACUUAAUAAAUGAAAGAACCUGGUAACCAUGUAACAUUGCUGUCCUCUGAUAAAGUGAGACUGAUUUCAGUUGCUACUGAAGAGGUAAACAAUCUAGUAUGAGACCUGCUUAUUAUUACUGUAGUAGGUUUUGAAGUUGUAGCCAUGCAGAGCUUGAUAUUAAAAGUAUCCCAUUUGUUUCCUUGUUGCCUUCCUACACUUUGUGUUUUUUUUAAAUGUGACACCCUCUUUAGAAUAAAGUAUUUUGUUUUAAUCCGCUGACUUAAACUCAUUUGACAUUCUGAAACUUUGAAAAUACUAAUGACUGUACUGCAAUAAUCACAGUGCUAUGUUAGUGCUAUAAAGACAUGUUAUGUCUUUAUUUGAAAAAAUAUGGCUGAUUUGGUCAACAUGUAUUCUGCCAGGAUAAACCACAAGCAGUUUACUAUACUAGGGAGUCCCCCUGGAUUUCAUCAACUACUUAUUUUUAGGGAUAAUCUCGGGAUAACCGUGGGUAGGUGUUUGAGGCAAUUCUGUGCUUUACUGGUGAGAUGCAGGUUGAUCAAAGUGAACCCAGCAUCUGGAACAAUCAUUUCAUUUCUUGCAUAAUCAUUAAAAAAAACAUUAACAAAAGGUAUUGAUGGUAAACAUGAAUAACAGCAACCUUUAUCCAGCCUUUAGCUUUAUUAUUGUGAGCAUAGAUCUUAAGUAACCUGGGUUCAAUAUGGGAAGCACACAGAGUAAACAUUUGCUUCUAUAAUCUGUAAAAAUGCCCAAUUUUAAAUAAUACAAUGGCUGUUAAACUAUCAUGUAAUCAUGUUAAUGAAAUAAAUCGUCGAUCUCAAGGAGGGUAAAGCAGAACCUCAUAAACUACAAGGCAUCUAAUUCCUUAAUGUAAUGGAAUGUUGAAUUCAUGUAUUGAGUCUGAUUGUGUUUCUUUGUCCCAAUAAAAAGUUGCCUGGCAGUGUC